AUGUCAGCUGUGAAUGACACCACAUUCACACAUGCAGCAUUCCUUCUCACCGGGAUACCUGGGCAGGAAGACUACCAUGUCUGGAUCUCUAUCGCCUUCUGCUUACUAUAUGCUAUUUCGAUUGUAGGAAAUUCAGUCAUUCUGUUCAUUGUAAUAAAAGACCCAAGCCUCCACGAGCCCAUGUACAUUUUCCUUUCCAUGUUGGCACUUACAGACCUUGGCUUAUCGAUAACCACCAUGCCAACGAUACUGGGCAUAUACUUAUUUAACUCUAAGGCGAUCACCCUUGAUGCCUGUUUGACCCAGCUGUUCUUCAUCCACACACUUCAAUGCAUUGAAUCCUCCAUACUCUUGCUGAUGGCCUUCGACCGCUUCAUCGCCAUCUGUAUCCCACUGAGAUACACGUCCCUCUUAACCCUCCCGAGAACACUGUUGAUGGGACUGGUGUGUGUGCUUAGAGGUGUAGCCUCUAUGUUUCCACUCCCACUUCUUCUGAAACGGUACCGAUACUGUCGAGCAAAUAUCCUCUCCCAUUCCUACUGUCUGCACCAGGCAGUCAUGAAGAUGGCUUGUUCAGAUAUUCAAGUCAACAAUAUCUAUGGCUUGUUUAUUACACUCCUCACGAUGGGUUUGGACUCGCUGCUAAUUCUCCUGUCUUACGUGAUGAUCCUCAAAACAGCACUGAGUGUGGUGUCCCUCGGGAAGUGUCUCAAGCCCCUGAACACCUGUCUCCCCCACAUCUGUGCUGUCCUGCUCUUCUACACUGCAGAGUUGAGCCUUGCUGUGAUAUACAGAUACGUGAAGGGCUCUUCUCACUUGCUUGCAGUUCUCGUGGGCUAUGUUUCUCUGCUCAUUCCACCCGUGAUGAACCCCAUCAUAUACAGCAUCAAAAGCAAACAGCUUCGUGCGAGGAUCACCAGGGUGUUCGUCAAAUGA